AUGGAGGUCUUUUUACCAAUCAGUGGGGAUUCUACAGUUGGUCCAGAUUUAAGAUCUUUUGAUGAAAUAGUUGCAUCUCAUAAUGAAAGGAAAUUUAUUGUUUUUGAUGAGUAUUUGGAUUUUUAUUUGAGGGUCAAAAACGAGAAUGUUAGAGUUAAAGGCUUUGUCGUACAUAUCAAUGAUAAUAAAUUAAUAUCUUUGGAUUUUGACGAAUGUUUCCUUAAACUUGAUGGAGUAAACAACCAAGGAUUAUACAAACUGAAUAACAAUUUCUUCAAGACCUAUUUGUUCAAAUCAUCAAUUGUCAUGAAUAAUGGCCAUAAUAAUAAAAUAAUUUUCAAAUUUUCUUAUUCAAGUGAACCCAAGAAACAACCUUCUAAUGAUGAAAACGAGAUGCCUCAAUAUUUACAAUCAUUUCAAGAAGUGAACUUAUUGGAUGAGUUAAGCGCUGCGCAAGCUACUACGAAAGAAUGUAAUGUCUUCACUAAGGGCAAAGAAUUCUCAGUGGAUUACCCAAUUUAUUCACCGUUGAAUAUGAGAUUAAGAAAUAUUACCAUCUAUGAGAAUAAUAAAGAUAGAAUUAUAAAUAAUGGUGUAAUGACAAGUUAUAUGAACAAUUUCAUUCUCACAUCCUUAGAUUUGCAAGUAUCCCAACAAUUGAAACUAUUAAUUGAGAAAUAUUUUGAUAGAACAGAAGAAUAUGGACUAGUGUUUAAUACUAUUAGAUUGAGUAUUUCAGAUGAUGAUAACUUUGAUGAAGAUUUAGUGAUAAAGCCGAUAGAUGAUUCAGAUACGAUAACACUGCCUAUAAGUGUAUUGAAUAACGAUAGUUAUAGUAUAAUAUACAAAUUACCAGAACUUUUUGUAAAUUCCACUGGUAAAAAAAACAUUAAAGUAAAAGUGAAUAUUGAUUAUAAUUUAAAAAUUAAUAAUAAAUUGAAAAUAUUUGAUAUUCGCACCACAUGGGGUAGUGACAUUUCACUUAAACCAAAUGCUUAUAGCGCCUCAGCGACUGCGACUUCAAACAUUCAUUCCAACUCAUCGAUGAAUUUAAAUGGUCUGUCUAACUCUUCUUCACAAAUGAAUAUACAGACACCAAGAUUAGCAAGUGGAAGAUUUAUAAAUUACAAUUCAAUUAACAAAUUAAACAAUAUUUCAUUUAAAUUUCUAGAGAAUAAAAUAAUAAAGAAAAAAGGUGAAGAGUUUAAAGUUAUAUUGCAAAUAAUAAACAACUCACAAUUUCCAUUAAACGCAGUAGUUUAUUAUAAUAAUCCAACAAAGAAUGUAAAGAAUAAUGUAAUUUUACUAUCCAACGAUUUCAAAGUCCCAAUAAUACAACCUAAUGAGACCUAUUUUGUGAAUUUAAAAUUUAUUGGUAUAUCUGAACAGUUCGUGCAAUAUCUAAAUGGGUUGAAACUAUUAGAUUUACAAACUAAUGAAAUAAUAGAAAUAGGGAAUUCACUAUCCAUCUUAAUCCAAUGA